AAACGACAGUCGCCACUCGACGCCCGCAACGUUCGGAACGGGAGCUCCGUGCUAUCUCGUACCAACUAAAUAUAAACGACCCUUUUUCAAAAACGCGAGUGAAAGAGAUAGAAAGAAACAGUUUCGACCUUCCUACACGUUUUAUUUUCUUUCUUUUUAUAUUGUUAUUUAACAUUCUAACGUGUCCACGCAUACUUUUUGCUCUUUUCGUAUCUGUUUUCUUUUGCGUUUCUUCACAUUCACGUUUAUUUAUUAAUCGUGAUCGUUAAUUCUUUGUUGUUCUUUUUUUGUUCUUUUUUUUUAUUAUUAUUAUUAUUAUCGUUCUUUCUUUUUUACGUGUGCAAUCUUAUAUAUUUUUUGUGACAAUUUGCCAAUAUAUAUAUAUAUAUAUACACACACACAUACACAUAUAUAUAUAUAUAUAUUUGUAAGAGUGCGAAAAGGGUGAGAUAUUCGUAGAGAUAAUUAAAAGGGGGUUUGAUCAACAUACUCGUGGCCGGUCCGCUACACGCGGGAAACCGGUAGAGAAACUUCGAAAGAGAAGAAGAGAAAGAGAGGGAAAGAGGAAGUCGGCGACUCGAUAUCAAGCAAACAGCAAACGACAACGACAGAAAAGAAAAAGAGUAAAAAGCGGAAGAAAAGAAAGAGGAGGAAGAGAAGGAAGAAGAAGAGGAGGAGGAGGAGGAGGGGGGGGAGGAAGAGGAAUAGAAAGAACACGUCGAUUUGGAAACAGGUGUAGGUCAGUCGAAGUCCGGGGCAAAGUGGCGGAAAUUUGUGGAGUAAUUGAACGUGAUAAAGGAGGAGAGGAAGAGCAUCCUCGUAAAACGCAACUUAUCUUUCGACGUAUCACGCGAUCCCGAAUGAUAAUUCCAAUGCGACGAGCGUCAAGAGGAAGGUGACGAGGUUGGGUCACAUACGAGAGUCGAAUAAGAUCAAGCAAAGAUACUUGAGCUUGGUGGGACAUCGGAGGACGAUGAUGAUGUUACGAUCGUUUUUAUUUAUUCUCUUCCUCGUUGUAAGGCAUUGUGAAUUGGCACCGAUGAGAGCCAAGGACUUGGCUCUAAACGAUGAGAUACCAUCGUCGUCGUCGUCGUCAUCGUCGUCAUCGUCGUCAUCGUCAUCAUCAUCAUCAUCAUCAUCAUCAUCAUCAUCAUCAUUGUUGUCCUCCUCGAUGCCAACGUCAAGAAAAGGAUCUCGAGGCUCAUCUUCGCCAAGCGAAUUAACCUGGGAAGCUUGGUUAUUGGUCGAUGCACAAGCCGGUGAUCACGCUGGCUUAGACUCGGCCAACAUUUUACGAAAAAUCACUCCGAAGAGUAUUUUCUUCGCUCCGACUCGCAUCGAAUGCGCCGAAGGCUAUCGUGCUGAUACCAUGGACAGAUGCGUAAAAGAUGUCAAAAUUGAUCACGAAGCGCAAUUCGAUUUCCUCUUGAAACGCGUCAGUGCUAUGUACUUGCAACGAUUUGGUGCUAAUACUCAGGAUCAAAAGACGAAGGAUCAGAAACACUCUUCUGGUCCACUUCAAUUAAGCAUUCCCUUGCUCGGUGCACCGAUAGCUGCCUCUCCUGUUGAGACUCAACAGAUAACGAAGAACGAGGAUGAAGGGACGAAUGAACCCCCGAAGGAGACGGUUACCGUUUACGAAGCUAAGAACGAGACGACAACGGAAGAAGAAGAAGUAGAAGGAGAAGAAGAAGAAGUAGAAGUAGAACAAGAAGAAGAAUCAAAAGAGGAAGAUAAGAAAAUAAUUUUUCUCGGAAAUACCAGUAGCAAUACCUUUGUCGAUAAAAACGAUUCUCCUAACGAAUCUUUGAAAUCCGAAGGUAUCGUUCCCGUUGCUGAAUUCGUGGACGAGACAAAUGGUAGUAGCUUUUCAGAGAUUGUAGAUUACAAAAUACCGAUCGAUCUAAAAAACAUUUUAAAUGUCACGAACGCGAAGAAAAAAAGCAACGGGAGUGAGAUCGUUGAGGAUCCGAGAAUGAAAGAAAUAUUUUCGAUGAACGUUACGAGUAUGUCACCAACGCUGGUUUUCGUUUUGACACCGACGAAACAGCCUCAAACCGAAUCAUCCGCUUCUUCGGAGAAUCCACCGGAUGAUCCUCCGGAGGAUUCCUCGAAUGUUACCACAGAUCUCGUGAUCGUUCGAAUGACCGAAUCAAUGAAAAAUUCAAGCAAUCAAGAGAUCGACGUAGGAAGCGAGUCGAACUCGAUGGUGCCACCCCUGAGACAAUUUUCCGAGAUCCCAUUAAUCAUUGAGGAUAAAAUCGAGAAUAAUGGUAGUAGUUCGGAGACUUCUGGGAUGAAAAUAAACGAUGGGGAAGAACAGGAAACGACGUACGAGGAUGAACCAGUUGAGGAAGACAUCGACGAGGAUGACGAUGAAUACGUUGACAAUACCGAUACACCAGAGGAAGAAUUCACCGAACUCGAAGGUGAGAUUUUGAAACACGGCGAAGCCGGGAUCACUAUACCUGUAAAGAAUUUGGAUAGAUUACAUUUGGAGGAGGAACAUCGAGAAAGAACUGAGGAAUCGGUUGUUAAAAAAAAAAACGAGAACGAUACAUUUGACUCCUCCCGAGAUGAAAUUUCUAUUCGAUUCAAUCAUACCAUCUUUAAUAUGGACGAGCCUGAUAGCAACAUAUCCAGUGAGGCAACUAUCAAGGAUGAUGUCAUUAUAGAGACAACGUUGUUGAACGUUGAUCCCAUGAAACUUUCGAACGAUAGUAAAUCUCCUUUUAGAAACGAUAGUUCGGAAAACGACGAGGAUGAGCGUUUUAACGAACAUUUUGAGUCAGAAAAAACUCAAGAUGCAAGAUCAAAGAUAUUAUUCCCGAAGGGAAAGGUUCGUACGACGAUAUCAACGAGUACGGAAGAAAAUGGUAAAUUGGAGGAUCAGGUAAGUAAGACAAGGUCCGAUGAGAAAGAAAAGAAUCCAACGGAUUUGAGGAACGUCGAGCUCGUUGCUGAACCCUCAUCCUCGGAGUCUCUUUUAUACGAUCCUCGGUCUGGUGAUCGUUAUACGGGAGAAUCGAUAGUCGAAUUGGGGGAUUCAAAAAAAACUACUACUAACAGACCUAACACUCGAAAUCUCUUAGAUCUCGAAGGUUCGUCGAGUUUCGUAAGAUCGGCACAAAGUUACGUAAAAUUUCCUUCAGACGAGAUCAAUAGUAUACACAAUCAGGAUUACAAAGAACGAGGGCAACAUCUUUACGACGAAGGACUCUACGCUAGCACUAGCACGAAAAGUAGCGUACCGGUUCAUCAGAAAUCAUCUUACCCUAGAACACCAACCGGCUGGAGAAUAGAUCGUCAACAACAGCCAGAUCAUGAAAGAAAUCGUUCGGUCGUUGUUCAAAGACAAAAACCAAGGCAACCAAUGUAUCUGUCUCGAACGAAGGCACCUCUGACGAGGAACUCUCCUAGUCUAUAUUCCAUCAGUCAACCUCCUCGUAGUGCUACGAUCAUGGAUAGAGGUUAUAGAAAUACUUAUGUCCAAGUAUCACCCUUUCAUAGGGUUGGAUACUAAAAUCCAUAUCGGAAGAAUAAUUCGCCUGAUUAAGCGAAGAAGAUGAUAUUGAUGAUCUUCGCGUGAGGGCUAUCAAUGACGUCGCUCUCCGCUGAAAAUGAAAUUCCCUGAGAAACGAGCCAACGACUCGAUGUUGUCGAUUUUGAAAAAGGUCGAUAGACGCUCUUGGAACUGUGCCAAAUAAAAUCAAGGUUCAAAAGGAGUUAAGCUAUCGCUCGCUAAGAACGUGUGAUACGCGAUCGGGAACGCUUGCUGUUUGGCAUACUUAUAUUAUUUCUUAUAUCCGAAUCGAACAAUCUCUAACGAUUCGAACGAUUUUGAAAGAAAGAAAAAGAAAAGAAAAAAGGAAAAAAGAAAAAGCUCGAACUCGAAAAGAUACGUACCUAUGGAAAAAUCGAUCGAGCUUCUUUUUCUUUUCUUUUCUUUUCUUGUUUUUUCCUUUGUUCCUUUUUUCCUUUUCUAUCCUUGUGACGAAACGACAAAACACACAUGCGUUCGUUUAUUCUUUUAUACGAUCCAACGAUCCCAAAGAUUUUUAAUAUUCGUUGGAAGUUAAUAUCUCGAAAAUACUUUUUCCAUUUAGUUAGCAACUUUUCAAAUGAUGUCAGCGUCGGACAGAUCCAUGAUAAUAAAGUUCGAGAUCAAUCGUUUGCUUCAACGAGAAAAUUGAUGUUCUCUGACGCUUUACAGAGGAGAAAGUAUAUUGCAAAUAGCCGUAGAGAGAUUAUAUCAUUGGUGCGAUCGUUAUUAUAACGUUUUGCCGAACGAUAAAGAGAAACACAAGAGAAGAUUAUUGCAAGUUCGAUGGUGAUAUCGUCGACGAGGUUUCGCGUGUUUUCAAACAACGGAACAAGGAAUUGUUGAGCUCGUUCGACAGAUUAAGGACGAUCUUAUUAAAAUUUCCACCAUAACGAAGUCGUAGAAUUAUCGCUAUUAGUGAGAUACAAUUUUCGAAAGUGAAAGUCUUCAUGAUCGAUAAGAUCGCGAUUCGUUCCGAUUGACUUUCACGGUACAGCGUACACACUGCAAAAUUAUUAGAAAUUAGUAACAACUUUGAUACAAUCGAUUCAUAUUUCUAAUAUACGAAGAAAAAAUAUAUAUAUACAUAUAUGUAUAUGUGUGUGUGUGUGUAUAUAUAUAUAAAUUUAGUGAGAGAAACCGUCGAAUUUUAAAUAAUGUAAUCGAUCGUGAGAAGAAAAAAAAAGAGAUUAACACGAGUUCGGGUAGUUCGUAUUUAUUUAACCUUCGUAACAUUGCAUUCAUAUGUACAUAUCUACAAAUUUUUGCUUACAGAUCGAUCGAACGUCCUCGACUCGUAACACGUGUUUAUUAUUAUUUGAUUAUUGCGAAGGUUAUACCGUUUUUGUUUAGUUUUGUUUGUUUAAUAAUAUAAUAUAUAAUGAAAUAUUCGUUCUCUACGGCUCGAGAUAAUAUGAAAUGAAGUUAACCAUAAUUAAUUCCUGUGAAAGAAUGGAUCACACUUGAAUAUCCUAUUAUCUCAUACGUAUAUAAAUACUGAGCAAUGUUUUAUCAAAAAUAAAUCAUUCUUCUUAUAUCGAUACAUCGAUCAUACGAUUGCGAAUCAAAUAUAAACACACAUAUGAUGACUCGAACUCGUGAAACUGUCGGCCUAACGUAUUUAUGUAUUCAAAAUUGGGCUCUGCAGUUGUAUGUACGCACGCACACGAACGCAUACUCGCCUCACGCUAUAAACGAUAAAACCAUGCUAUCUAUACAUGUUUAUUGUUGCAUCAAAUUCAACGUACUCGUAAUAUCAUCGUUUUGUACUACUUUACGAUAUAAGGAGGUCGAUUUCACAGAAAAAUUGUACAGCCAAAAUUACGUAUCCAUAUCCUCUGAAUGUUUUCGAUGUGAAAGAUAUUCAACGGUUCUUCUUAAUAGUAUUUACAAAUUUAGACUCGGAAUCAGUCAUUAAAUUGACGGUCUUCGACGUCGCUAUGCCUUGUCCUGUUACACUGGUAUUACUAUUCUUUAGUGUUAUACGAUACACGUACAUUGUUUUUUUUUACAAAGAAACACACACGAUACAGUUAGUCCUAUACGAGACACGUACGACCAGUGGAAAUUAAUAUUAGACUUUACUUUUAAUAAUGUUCAACGUGUAUGGCUAUGUCUCUUUUUACGUGUGAUAUCACGUAUGAUAAAACAAAUUUGACACUCGACAGUGUGGUCGGUAACAUUAUUGCUCUAUGUAUGUUUCAAUGUGGUGUGUAAUGUUUCUUAUCUAUUAUAUGCCAAUUUAUGUAAAUAUUAACUUUAUUAAGAGAAUUGUGUAUAUAUAUGGUAUUAAUAAUGAACAAACAAAACACUGUCAUAAUACGUAUUAAUUGUAAUUGUAUCGAACAAUUAUUGUAUUAUUUAUGGCUAAAUAUAACAAUGUAUAUUACA